AUGACUUAUGGCCAAACCGAUUUAGAUAAUCUUUUUUUAAGAGUUUUAAGAAAAUUUUUUCUUUUUUAUUUUAGGUCCUUGAACACUCCUGAACGCUUCCUGGAAUACAGAUUUGAAGGUAGGCAGAAUAUAGAUUCAAAGGUAGAUAGGUUAUUAGAAGCAAAAUUUGCGGUUCUUCUGGCUUCCCUUUACCAUUGGAUUCCUAGUAGGUUUCUUUCAGCUUUCGGUAUUGGAUAUUUGGAUAUCGGGUUUCUGCUUCAAUAUUCGGCUGCUCAUGUGAUUUCAGCUUUGCGUUUAGGUGUUAGAUUUUUGGAACGAUUCAGCCCAGCAAUUUCUUGGAAUGGAAAUUUCUUGAACGGUAGAUUUCUUGAAAUGGGACUUAUCAUUAUUUACAAUAAUAAUAAAAUGAAAUUAAAUAAAUAA